UAUAAUGUUGUAGCCUAAUCACUAGGCAAAGGUGGGCCAGUGGCAGUGACAAAGUUAAUUUUAUGACUGUUCACGUUAAAUUAGGAGGUUUCGCAAGUGUUACGAUCGAUUAUCUAUAGUUUGGCCGUAUGAGAAGUCAGAACAUCGGACACUAUUAACUAGACUGCAUUGCAUAAAUGGGUGAACUUCGACCUCUGACCUGCGACCUUGGAUGUCUGUCAAGACCGGAUGGAAGUGCCACAUUAACACAAGGUGACACAAGCGUCACUGCAGCAGUGUACGGACCCACCGAAGUGAAGAUAGCGAAAGAACUCAUCGACAAGUCGUAUGUCGAAGUGGUCUACAAACAGAAAUCCGGAUUACCCAGCUGUGCAGAAAAAUUCAACGAGAGAAUCAUCCGCAAUACUUGUCAGACCGCCAUACUGGCGUCGCUCCAUCCACGGACAGCCAUUAACAUUACCAUUCAAGAGCUGCAGAAUUCGGGCUCCCUUUUGUCGUGCUGUAUAAACGCUGCCUGUCUGUGUCUCCUUGACUGCAGUAUCAGCAUGGGUUGUAUGGUGGCCGCGGUCUGUGUUGGAAUCGACGGCGAAGGCGGCGUUAUUGUUGAUCCAAAUGACAAGCAGGAAAAAGACUGCAGCACUUACGUGACAUUCGUGUUUGAGAGUAAGAAGAAGGAGAUUGUGUCUGUGUCUAUGGAAGGCAGCUGCUCUAGUGAACAGUUCAAAACAUGUCUGUCGGUGGGGCGUAGUGCUUCGGAAAAAAUAUUCAAGUUCUAUCGUGACUCCAUUGAGAAGAAGAUGUCAAAAUCUUUAGCAUUUAAGUGAAAUAAAACUUUACAUAA